AUGGUAUACAACUUAAAGUAUAUAUAUGCAGCUCAGCUCUGCUGGAGACACACUGCAAGUACCUUCCUCCCAACCGACUGCUUCCUUACCCAGCCAAGAAGACCACAAAGUUCAACAAUGGCCAUCACUGACAUCCUCUCUGCUAAAGAUAUUGAAUCUGCUCUCUCCAGCUGCCAGGCUGAUGAUUCCUUCAACUACAAGUCUUUCUUCUCCAUGGUUGGUUUAACCAGCAAAACUCCUGAUCAGAUAAAGAAAGUUUUUGGAAUCCUUGAUCAGGACAAGAGUGGUUUCAUUGAAGAAGAGGAGCUGCAGCUGUUCCUGAAGAAUUUCUCCUCAAACGCCAGAGCCCUCACCUCAGCAGAGACCAAGGCUUUCCUGGCUGCAGGAGACACUGAUGGUGAUGGCAAAAUUGGAGUGGAAGAAUUCCAGUCUCUGGUGAAGGCAUAA